GACAGGUGUACAUAAAGGACCAGGGACAGAGCGGAACAGUCUUCAAAGAUUCCAAAGUACCAUUGCAUUGCCCUCUUCCAGAAUGGAGGAGCCUCAUGUUCACUGCAUGUCCUGUGUCAGUCGGCGCUGCAUGAUGAGACCUGAACCUGGGGUUUCCUGUGACCUCAUCACCUGCCCCUUGGUAUGUGGCGCCGUCUUCCACAUAUGCAAGAUGCAGGAGCAUCGGUUUCUGUGCCCGCUGGAGAGGGUCCCGUGUCUCAACUGCAGCUUUGGCUGCCCAUUUGUGUUGGCUCGGUGUAAGAUGGCUGAGCACUUGGAGGUGUGUCCAGCGGGCGUGGUGUGUUGCACCAUGGAGUGGAACCGUUGGCCAGUGAAUGAUGAGGACUAUCGUUCGUACGAGAGGCUGAGCCGUGAUGCUGAAGAGGUGGAGCAGCUAGACAUGGCGCUGGCUUUGCAGGACCAGCGUACCAUGCUUGCGUCCCUCAAGCUGGUCUCCAUGGCACCCACCAGUGGUACAGAGAAGAAAACGACAAGCGAGAAGCUGGAAACAAACUUGGACCUUCAGAGCUCUGCUGCACCCGUUACGGACGGUGCCCAGGAGUUAUCAUCAGCAUGUUCCUCCAAAGACAGAAUUGCCAAUGGGGUCAGUGGACAGAAGGAGGAACGUUACUGUGAGCUGUACCAAAACACAGUGGAGACGACCAAAAGCCUAGCUGCGGCUCUCAGCGUCCUGAUUAACAGGAAUGCAUCAACAGAAACAGACUGCACAAACAGGGGUGAGUCAGCAAUACAUCCAGAACAGAACGGGGAAUGUGGCAACACUAUUGGUAUGAGGGAAGAUGUCGGUUCCAGUUGUGAUAGAAUAGCAAAUGGUGUGAGUGGUUUAAAUGAGGAACUACAGCCUCAGCAACACCAGACUCUAAUGGAACUGGGCAGGAGCUUGGCUUCCGCCCUGGGGGCUCUGGGUGAAGCUGUGACGGGCAUAGAGCCAAUUAACGGAGCUGUGAUUGAGACAAGCUCACAGAGGAAUGGCGAGUUACACCAAACAGACACUCUAGACUCUGCAAGUGCCAGUGUGAAGGACAGUACCUCUGGUUUUGAGGAGGAGCUUGGAGCCUUUGGUGGAGCAGACAAUGGAGACACGUCAUCCGUCAUCUUUGAUAAAAAUGGUUGUAUGGAGUUCUCCUCAGAGGCUCCAGACGAGGCUCCAGACGAGGCUGACUCAGCGUCGCUGGGAGCCACUGGCGAACAGGGUCUUAUCAGCCGCGUUCAGCUGAGUUCUGACAGGCCAAGAGAUGAAUCAGAAACGCAGCCAGUGAAGUUAAACUCAACAGACCACCAAUCCCUUGAGCCCAGUGACUCAUGGGAGUUUAUUGGCCCUCUUAUUCCACACAGACCAGAGGUGAGGCAUGACCUUGUCCCCAUAUUAUCGCUGGAACCGUCUGGGUCCCAACCGCCACCGCUGCAGCAACCUCCCUGUGCUCCAGCCUUCGCUGUCCCUAGGGAUGGUUCUCUUCCCUCUAUGGUGUUGGACUUUGAGGACAGAGCCUUUGAGAAGAAGCUCCAAAACCUCCAGUUGCUGCGAAGCUUCAUGCCACUUGCGCUGAACGGGCGGAAGGGUCCCUUUCCAGAAACUCUGCAUCAUCAUCGGCCUCGUUGCAAGAUGGAAGAUAAGGCGGUGGACACUUCCGAUUUGGAGCAGGAGCCACCAAACGACCCAAUGGGCCUAGGCGAGAUCGAUUUCACAGCUGCAGCACUCCUUUUUUGCCUGGAGGAGUCUCCACGAGCAAGGAGGAUCUCUGACACGGUCUACUCUUUCGGCGGCUCACGUGUCGACUUCGGAACGCAGACUUUCACCUUCCCUGCUGCCAUCUUGGCGACCAGCACCAUGGUGGGUGAAGUCGCGUCAGCCUCAGCCUGUGACCGCGCUGCACCGCGACUCUCACAACCCAGUCCAUUCUGCACCUUGCGGCUGGACCUUACAUUGGAGCAGCUGGUUCCCCGUACCCGUUGGGCUCCUCGCGAAGGCUCCAUGUUUACCUUUGAGUGCGGCCAGCUCUUCCGACGAGAGGAGUUUCUCUCACACUUCCGAAACGUUCACGGAGAUAUCCACGCCGGCCUUAAUGGCUGGAUGGAGCAUCGUUGCCCUUUGGCGUACUAUGGCUGCACCUACUCUCAACGUAGGUUCUGUCCAUCCUCACAGGGAGCCAGGGUCAUACAUGACCGUCACCUAAGAUCAUUUGGGGUGCAACCCAGGCCCUCGGAGCCAGUGACUACACAUAAUAUUGAUCAUAUCAGUGGGCUGCCUUUUGAAGUGUUGCAGCAUGUGGCACGGUUUUUGGACGGUUUCAGCCUAUGCCAGCUGUCUAUGGUGUCACGGACCAUGAGGGACGUGUGUGCCAGCCUUCUGCAGACCCGUGGUAUGGUGGUGGUCGUCUGGGAGAAGAGACAAUGCCCAGAUGGAACACAGACCUGGCAAAUAAAAGAUAAGGUGUGGCGGUUCAGUACAGCCUUCAGUCCGGUGAACAGCUGGAAGUUUGCUGAUAUUGCCAGCAUGGCAGACCAUCUGAAACGCUGUCCGUACAACGAGGUUCACCGCCAGGUGGAGGCCGUCCCGCUGCCCUGCAUGUGCACCACCAGGGAGCUGACACGAGACGGACGAUCGCUGCGUUCCGUCCUCAAACCAGUAUUAUAACAAACUAGACCAUUACGCCGAGGUUACAAGAGCUAAAACACUACCUUAC